UUGAUUCAGAUAUCUAGUUUUUUUUUUGGUUUCAGAUGUUAUACGUAUAAAUUUUAUACCUUUCACAGGUCAAUUACGAAUGACAGAGGAGCACGUAAUGAUAUCAUUUGCGUACCACAGCUUAUUGCUUUAAUCGCUUUUCUUUGUGAAGUAAAAACUUUUUUGAGUGAAAGAAGAGUUGCUGAGCAACAGACACGCUUAUCAUUGUUAGAAUUCUUGCAAUCAAACAAUAGUGAUACAAUACCUCAUCAACUUGCAAAUUUAGCAGAGUACAUUAGAAAUUGGGAGCUAUUUGCUGAAGCUGCUGUAAAACCUGGUAGUUUUAAUUGGAAUCGCCGUAUGUUAAUACAUCCUUUGCAUACCAAAAGUUACGGCUUCGAAACAUUUAUGGCUUUGAAAUAUCUCGGUAUUGAACUCAAAAUCUAUGAUGAAAAAACAGGUCACGCAGAAUUAGUAGCGUGGCUACGAAGAACGUGCAAGACUGAAGAAGGUGAAGCUCACUGUCCAAUAAAUUUAUGGAAAAAAGCAGAAACGAAAACAUCAGAUGUUCAGGAAUUGAACAACCAAAAAUGUCCAAUACUCAUUUUUGCAUCACAUUUUUACAUUCCAAUGUCAACUAAUAUUCUUGACACGCACAAUAUUUAUUACACUACUUUUAAGGGUAAAAAAGUAAUAGAAGUGCUGGUGUGCCGAUAUGCAUGUCGAGAUUUGCCACCAUUCCGGUGCUUGCAAUACCAAGAUAGCUUGCUGAUAACGUUGCCUACAUAUUCCGAUAAUAUUGCAGCAUAUUGCAUGUCAAAUAUUGAUAGUUCCGAUGUAGCUAAAGAUCCUGGCUCGUUAAUCAAUAUGAUCACUUUUAUGAGAAGUGGCAUGGAAUCUGAAUCAGUUCGAAUACUUCACGAGCUUUACGUACCUCUUUUUUAUGGCUUACCUCAAAAAACUGCAAAUCUUGCGGAUGCAUUAUGUAAAACAGUACCACACAUUGAUAAAUUAUUUCAACCUGAAGGAUUCGGUGAUUUGGGUACUGCUGGACACGAACCAUCUUAUAUUAUUGGACCACGUUUAACUACAAGUAUACAAAACAUUGACCGAUUAGAAGUUUUGUAUACUCCUGACCCUGAUGAGAUUGAUGUGGUGAAAAAAAUCCCAGCACAAGUUGACCAUAUAUGCAUCUUAGACAUGCCAUUUCUAGUUAUUAUUUGGGACAAUAGCAGAAAUAUACCACUUUAUAUUGCCCGAAUCGCUGAUCCAAUACCGAAGGUUAAUGCAGUAGUAAAUGCGUUGAUUAUACUAAUACUAACAUUGGUACCAAUACUUUAUCGCUACAGUAACAAUAUCAGUCAUUAUUAUUAA